CUCAAACUACAGAAGGGCUCCAUCACCUUGACAGCUGUUGAAGAAGACUGUCUUAGCUGUCUUUGUGGUUACAAUCCACUUAAAUACAGAAAAUACGACUGCCAUUCUGAAUGGAGUUACCAAUAGCCAGCGACGGUGUGCAUCUGGCUGCAUACAAAACCAGACUUCCUCUGUCAGUAGCCAAUGCGAAUGCAACAGCUAGAGGGUUUGAUGAGUCUGGUUACUAUCAGUGUUAUGGUGAUGGGAGCAGUGUAGCAUCCCUCGGAUCUGAUGCUCUAACUGGCUAUGAGACUCUGGAUGCCCCGCCACACUAUGACUUCUACGCUAACACAGAGGUGUGGGGCCGACGGAGGCGCUUCAGACCAUCUCUGUACCAGCUGCACGCAAACCCUGAGGUUGACUCCAAACCUCCCUUGUAUGAGGAGACAACAGGUGGAAAGAUGGAAGGAAAAGACAGCUCAGAGGAAGACGAGAAGGAGAAGGAGGAGGAGCCAUAUGAACCUACUCGCUUUGGCUGGGUACAGGGAGUCAUGAUCCGUUGCAUGUUAAAUAUCUGGGGGGUGAUAUUGUUCUUGAGGUUGCCUUGGAUUACUGCUCAAGCUGGUAUAGGUCUGACCUGGGUGAUUAUUCUGCUAUCCUCUUGUAUAACUGGGAUCACUGGUCUCUCGACCUCAGCAAUCGCUACCAACGGCAAGGUCAAAGGAGGUGGGACCUACUUCCUGAUCAGUCGCAGCCUCGGUCCAGAGCUGGGUGGGUCCAUCGGUCUGAUUUUUGCUUUUGCUAAUGCUGUAGCUGUGGCCAUGCACACUGUGGGCUUUGCUGAGACUGUUAGAGACCUCAUGUUUGAAAAUGGAGCUGUCAUGGUGGACGCAACCAAUGACAUCCGCAUUAUUGGCAUCAUUACUGUCACAUGUUUACUAGGUAUCUCAAUGGCUGGCAUGGCAUGGGAGUCAAAGGCCCAAAUCCUGUUCUUCCUCGUCAUAAUGGUGUCAUUUGCCAGUUACAUUGUUGGAACAAUCAUACCUGCUUCAACACAGAAACAAGCCAAGGGUUUCUUUAGCUACAAAGCGGAUAUCUUUGCCGCCAAUUUUGUGCCCAAAUGGCAUGGACCAGACGGCAGCUUCUUUGGCAUGUUCUCCAUUUUCUUCCCCUCUGCCACUGGCAUCCUGGCAGGAGCUAACAUCUCUGGAGAUCUGAAGAAUCCAACAGUGGCCAUUCCCAGAGGAACAAUGAUGGCAAUAUUCUGGACCACUAUGUCAUACCUCAUCAUCUCUGCAACCAUUGGAUCCUGUGUGGUGAGAGAUGCGUCUGGCAUGUUAAAUGACACCCUAUUACCGUCCUCAUCUGGGGUUUGUGUUGGUGAUGCUUGUCAAUAUGGAUGGGACUUCACAGACUGUAUCCACAAUAAAUCAUGCGCCUACGGCAUCAGUAACUACUAUCAGUCGAUGAGCAUGGUGUCAGCCUUCGCCCCUCUCAUCACUGCUGGUAUAUUUGGAGCAACAUUGUCCUCUGCUUUGGCCUGCCUGGUGUCUGCUCCCAAAGUCUUUCAGUGCCUAUGUAAGGACAAACUCUACCCUUUCAUCGGCUUCUUUGGCAAAGGUUACGGCAAGAAUGAUGAACCACUCAGAGGCUACCUACUAACGUACAUCAUCGCUGCCUGCUUCAUUCUCAUUGCCGAGUUGAACACCAUCGCUCCCAUCAUCUCUAACUUCUUCCUCUGCUCAUACGCUCUGAUCAACUUCAGCUGCUUCCAUGCCUCAAUCACCAACUCACCAGGUUGGCGUCCGUCAUUCAGGUUCUACAGUAAGUGGCUGUCAUUGCUGGGCUCUGUGUGUAGCGUGGUUAUCAUGUUCCUGCUGACUUGGUGGGCGGCCCUCAUUGCCUUUGGCGUUGUCUUCGUCCUUUUGGGAUAUACACUCUACAAGAAGCCUGCUGUAAACUGGGGCUCCUCAGUGCAGGCGAGCUCCUACAACAUUGCUUUAAACCAGUGUGUAGGUCUCAACCAUGUGGAGGACCAUGUCAAGAACUACAGACCGCAGUGUUUGGUGCUAACAGGUCCUCCCAGCAGUCGCCCAGCUCUGGUGGAUCUCGUCGCCUGUUUCACAAAGGGUCUCAGUCUCAUGAUGUGUUGCAAUGUAGUCACUGCUGGUCCCUCCCCAUCAGUUGUGGAAAAGGCGAGCAGCGACCGUCAUGUUACCUGGUUGAACCAACGGAAGGUCAGGUCAUUCUACAGAGGUGUUGUGGCUACAGACCUAGGAUCAGGAGUUAACAUGCUGCUACAGGCGGCAGGUUUGGGACGUAUUAGGCCAAAUGUUCUGCUGAUGGGUUUCAAGAAAGAUUGUCGCAGUGACACACCUCAGGCUGCACACAACUACAUAGGAAUACUGCAUGAUGCAUUUGACCUACAGUACGGCGUGUGCAUUCUGAGAAUGAAGGAGGGACUGGAUGUCUCUCAUACCUCUCAAUCACAUGUUAAUCCAGGCUUUGAUGGAGGACAAGAGAGCAUUAACACCAUCUCUGCCCCUUCCCCUAUUCAAACAAGUACUACAUCUUCUAUCUCCAUUGAACCAGAGCCUCAGACUAGUACGGUGUUCCAGAAAAAACAAGAAAAGAAGACCAUUGAUGUGUACUGGCUGUCUGAUGAUGGAGGUCUGACCCUCCUACUGCCAUACCUGCUGACUCGGAGGAAGCGCUGGGCCAGAUGUAAGGUCCGAGUGUUUGUGGGGGGAGAAACAGGCAAGAAGGAACAACAGAGAGAGGAGGUGUUGGCACUGAUCAAGAAGUUCCGUCUUGGUUUCCAUGACGUUGAAGUGCUUACUGACAUCUACCAGAACCCCAAGCCUGACAAUGUUCGCCAUUUUGAGAAUACAGUGGGUCGCUUCAGGCUAGAUACAAGUCCCAAACAGGACUCUGAUUCAGAACCACCAAGACAGCAGGAGGAGCCGUGGAUGAUCACUGACCAGGAUUUAGAGAGGAACCAGGCCAAGUCUCUCCGUCAGAUUCGUCUAAAUGAGGUUCUGCAGGAUUACUCCAGAGACGCUGCUCUCAUUAUUAUCACCAUGCCGGUGGGGAGGAGAGGAGUGUGUCCCAAUACUCUCUACCUGUUGUGGCUGGACGCCUUGUCACGCGAUUUGAGACCCCCAGUCCUGAUGGUCAGAGGAAACCAUGAAAACGUCCUCACCUUCUACUGCCAAUGAAAUGUCUUCUCGAGACCAAUAUACAGAUACUGAAAUACAGCUUAUAAUUCACCAACAUCCUGACAUCAAUCAUUUUGAUUCAGACAUAUCAAUGCCUUGAUGACUAUAUAUGACGAUUGAUGAUUAUUGAUGAUUAUUGAUGAUCGUUAAUGUAUGCAAUUUGUAAUUACAAUGUUUUGGUCCUUUAAUUCAACAUCUUAACUUGCUGAGCUAUUUGUGAAGCUUUUAAUUCAACAUCUUAAUGAUGUACACAUUUUCUUGCAAACGUAAAUCACUAUAGGAAACAUAUUAAAACUAUUAAUUGUAAAGACAAUUGUUUAUCAAAAUGAUUUGUAAUGUUUAACAUUUUAUUUUAUUUCCUUAAAUUGAUGGCACAAGAGUGAGUUACUUUUGUUCAGUGUGUGUGUGUUUAAAAUAACAUUUUAAAGUGAAGUUAAGUACGUGUUUGAUAACCACAUCGCUGUACCCUCUUCUUCUAGUAAAGCUUCUCCAUGUUUGCGUGUCGAAAAAAUCUGAUAAUUUACCACGAUGUAUAGAUUUUCACAAUGUUAAAUGCAGUAACAAAGCCUGAUUCCUAGCCAUUGCCUCGUGUUGAGGACUGUAUUGACUGAUUGAAGUUGGUGCUGUAAAGUAUGUGAGUAAAUUCAAUCUAUUAAAGGGGUACUGUCAGGUAUUCUGGUGCCUUUUAGGUGUUUGAU